ACGACUAUGAUGGCCAGUAGGUGGCAGCAAGUGGUCUGAAAACAAAGGCGAUAAAGGAAAAAAGAGGCUACACGGAAAAUGGACAACACACAAGCUUCAUCUGUGAGUCCUGAGGACAUUAAUGAACAGAUUGUUUGUUUACAAAGGGAAAUUCAAGAUCACAAAGACCUGCUUCAAAAUGCAACUGAAAAAACAAGGCAAGAAAUAAAAGAAACAAUUGACUCUAAAGAGAAAAUGCUGGCAGAUCUACAGUCUCAAGUCCAAAGCACUACAGAUGAACCUCGCCGCUCUGAACGCACCAGAAUACCAACAGAAAAAAUGCUUGCUUAUCAAACAGAAGAAGUAAGUAAAAAACAAAAAAGACUCAUCACCUUAUAUGAACAGUGGAAAAUACAAGUACGUGAAGCAAGAGAAAAACUAAAAUCAGACACAACUGAAGAACACCUGUCAUCACUUGCAGACAUUUUAGAAAAGGGAAAGGAUGACAUAAUGAAACUCUACACUGACAUAAGAGGUCAUGUAGCUCCAACAGUCAAUUUGAGACAAAAAAUUGAUGCAUGCGAAGCUGUAACUAGUGACAUCAUCAAAAUCAUAUAUAAGAGACUAACUGGUGUUGAUGGAGAUUUUGAUGCUGAAUAUGAAAGAUGUCGUUUACGCGAGCUGCUAGAUCGUGACUAUGCGCUCUCCAUUUAUGGUUCCACUGCAGCACAAUCCAGUAACACACAUCACUCCUCAGCUUCAUAUAUCGCAUCAAAACGGGCUGAUGCAGCAGCAGAACUGGCAGCAAAAGAAGCUGAAUACAACAUCGCGCUAGAGGAAAGAAAGCAAAGAGAAAAGAUAAAGGCUUUAGAAGAGCAACACAAGAGAGAACUUGAAAUCCAAAAAUCCGAAUUGGAGCGUCUGCAAGCUGAAAGGGAAGUGGAAGCAGCUCGAGCGAGAUUGGAAGCUUAUGACAGAGAAAUACUGCAAAUUAGUGAUGUCCAGUCAGUCAAAGGUGAGCAGAGGAGCCCAGAUUCUGUCCCUCAGCCUUCUGCAUCACACUCACCUAACAUAUCCACGUCAUCUGCAUCUCCUGCAGUUGCUCAACUAGCACAAGCCGUCCAGGACAGUAUAACACUGAGCAGACUUCCCAUGCCAGAACCAACAGUAUUCAGUGGCGAGCCAAUCCAUUUUAUUGAAUGGAAAACCUCCUUUAUGUCACUGAUAGACCAAAAGGGUAUUUCUACUGCUGAUAAACUUUAUUACUUGAAAAAAUAUGUCACUGGCCCCGCUCGCAAGUGCCUGGAAGGCACCUUCUUUAGAAAUGAUGAAGAAGCUUACCAAGAUGCCUGGAAAAAACUUAAUCAACGAUAUGGUCAGGCAUUUGUUAUUCAAAGAGCAUUUAGAGAGAAGCUAUCCAACUGGCCAAAGUUACAAUCCAAAGAUCCUGAGGGAUUAAGGAACUUUGCCGACUUUGUAAAUGCCUGCCUGCUAGCCAUGCCUCAUGUAAAAGGUUUGGAAAUACUGAACGACUGUGAGGAAAAUCAAAAACUGACACAAAAACUUCCUGACUGGGCAGCUGCCAGAUGGAACCGCCAUGUUACAAAGGCCUUAAUGGAAGGCAAAGAGUUUCCCAGUCUCAGUGACUUUGCUGCAUUUCUGUUGCUGGAAGCAGAAAUUGCCUGCAACCCAGUCACGUCCAUCUCUGCUCUCCAUUCAUCCGAGUCACGCAGUGAUAGAGGGAACCUGAAGGACACAAAAAGAAACAAGGCAAGUGUCUUUAACACCAAAACUCACAUCCACUCCACAAGUGUCCACACUUUAUGAAACGGUCACUAGCAGAGAAAAGGACAUAUGUGAAGGACAAUAAGCUGUGUUAUGGCUGUUUGAAGCAAGGCCACAGUGCAAGGGACUGUCGACGCCGCCUCACAUGUGACACUUGUUUGAAAAGGCACCCUACCUGCCUUCAUGAUGACGGUUACAUCAAAGACACAAAGGGAGAAAGGCACGUGAGUGUAGAAAAUGCAUCACAAAGCAAUAUAUCAGAGAUAACCACUGCUGUGUCACUCAAUGUUGCUAGAGAUGGACAGACUGCCAGUACUUCAAUGAUUGUGCCAGUGUGGGUGUCAUCUAAUGCAAACCCAUAUAACGAAAAACUUGUCUAUGCCUUAUUAGACACUCAAAGCGACACUGCUUUCAUUGAUCAAGAACUGUGUCAUGAGCUUCAAGUGGGUGCAUGUCCAGUGAAACUGAAACUAACCACUAUGAUGGGAGAAAACGUAAUUAUAAACAGUGAAAGGGUGGCUGGCAUCCGUGUGAGAGGCUACAGCUCUGCAACGCACAUUCAACUGCCCCCUGCAUACACAAAGGAUCAUAUACCUGCCAAUCGUGAACACAUACCAACCCAGGAAACGGUCAAACGCUGGAGUCACCUAUCACCAAUCAUAGACAAAAUCCCACCACUCCUCAGUUGUGAAGUAGGACUCCUGAUAGGCUACAACUGCCCCAGAGCACUGGCACCCAGACAAGUGAUACUCGGCAAAGAAAAUGAGCCCUAUGCUGUUCAAACAGAUUUGGGGUGGAGCAUAGUUGGUGGUCUAGCUCCGCACUUUGAGACAGACAUGAUGAACAGCCUCUGCCAUCGUGUUGCCAUAAAGGAGAUCCCUCCUAUGACUCCCUUGGAUGCAAUACGUGCAUUAGAAAGUGAUUUCAGGGAAGUCAAUGGAAAUGAUAAAACAGUGUCUCAAGCAGAACUCAUUUUCCUUGACAAACUCAGAGACGCCAUAAGAAAAAAUGAGACGGGGCAUUAUGAAAUGCCAUUACCCUUUAAGGAAAGACCAUACAUGCCUGACAACAGACAACUUGCAGAGAUUCGACUCAACCACCUCAAAAGGAAAUUCUCCCGAGAUGAAAAAUACAAGAUUGAUUACGUCAAGUACAUGAAUGACAUCAUCAAGAGAGGUGAGGCAGAAGAAGUGCAGGAUGAUGGACUUUCUGGUGAAAAGUGGUACAUACCACACCAUGGUAUUUAUCACCCAAAGAAACCUGAAAACUUGCGUGUCGUGUUUGACUGCUCAGCUAAGUAUAAAGGAACCAGUCUUAAUGAGCACCUUCUGUCCGGACCAGACAUGCUAAAUAAUCUAACUGGUGUCCUUUUACGCUUCAGACAGUAUCAAACAGCAUUAACGUGUGACAUAGAGAAAAUGUACCAUCAAUUUCAGGUCCAAAAUAGUGAUCGCAACUACCUCCGCUUUUUGUGGUGGAAAAAUGGAGACCUAAGCGCACAGCCACAAGAAUACAGGAUGACAGUACAUCUCUUUGGUGCUGCAUCCUCCCCAGGAUGUGCAAACUAUGGGCUAAAACACCUAGCCAAAGAGAACAGCCUUGUGUAUCCACUAGGUUCUCAGUUCAUAGCCAGAGACUUUUAUGUAGAUGAUGGAGUCACGAGUGUGCAGACAGUGGACGAGGGCAUGCAGCUGGCACAGGAGGCACGUGAACUGUGUGCUAAAGGUGGACUCAGGCUUCACAAGUUUGCGUCAAACGACAGUUCUGUCUUAAACAGCUUACCAGCAUCGGAACGAGCAACAAAUGUAAGAACAAAGGAUCUUGCCUUUAGUGAAACACAAACAGAGAGAGCAUUAGGUAUUCACUGGUGCAUAAAAAAGGACUGCUUCACAUUCAGCAUUGCACAGAAGGACCAACCUGCUACACGGCGUGGGAUAUUAUCCACUGUAGCAUCCAUAUAUGACCCACUAGGAUUUAUCGCCCCCUAUCUUCUCAGUGGAAAAAUAAUUUUGCAAGAGAUGUGCCGUCAAGGCACAGGAUGGGAUGACCCACUACCCCAACAUUUGAAACCACAGUGGGAGCAAUGGAGGAUGGACCUUGUCAAUCUGGAGAAAGUAAGGAUAGCCAGAUGUUACAUGCCUGAAAACUUUGGGCAGGUGGUGAAAAGGGAACUGCAUCAUUUUUCAGAUGCAAGCACCACUGGGUAUGGGCAGUGCUCCUACCUGAGAUUUUUGAAUGAGAAGGGAGAUGCUCAUUGUGCCUUCAUCAUGGGAAAAUCUCGUGUGUCUCCUUCAAAGAUCACCACCAUCCCAAGGCUGGAAUUGACAGCAGCAGCUGUCUCAGUCACAGUGAGUAACCUGUUCAGAGAAGAGCUGACUUAUGACAAUGUGGAAGAGUUCUUCUGGACAGACUCUAAAGUUGUUUUAGGAUACAUAAACAACGAAGCAAGGCGUUUUCACACCUUUGUUGCAAACAGGGUGCAAAAGAUACGCAAUAGCACAAGUCCGCAGCAGUGGUUUUAUGUCCCCACCAGUGAAAACCCUGCAGACAAUGCAUCCAGGGGAACAACAAUAAAGGAACUGCUAUCAUCCAGAUGGCUCAUGGGUCCCAAGUUCCUGUGGGAAAGGGUAAUAUACCCUCCAGCAAAGGAAAGCAUGGAACUCCCAAUCGGAGACCCAGAAGUUAAGAAAGCUCAAACGUUGCAAACAAAGGGUAUGGAGUGUUGGAGUCUUGCUAAUCGCCUGGUAAGAUUUUCAUCCUGGUCUCAUGCUGUUAGCGCGGUGGCACGUCUCAGACGACGACUCCUAAAGGACAAAUCAGAUGCACACUCCACUGUAAGUGAGCGACAAGAUGCAGAACUUGUGAUCAUUAGAGACCUACAAAGACAAGCAUACCAGGAAGAAAUGAUGACACUAAGCAAAGGAAAUCCUUUACCAAGAAGCAAUAAGCUAUACCAUCUCGAUGUCUUUUUGGACAGAGAUGACGUGCUCAAGGUGGGAGGAAGACUGCGGUGGUCAGCCCUUCCUAGUUCAUUUAAGCAUCCAACAAUCAUCCCCAGAGAGCAUCACGUCACAAAGCUGAUAAUAGCUCACCAUCAUGAAAGGAUCAAACACCAGGGCAGAGGCUUUACUAUCAAUGAAAUUCGGGCCAAUGGCUAUUGGAUCCCAAAAAUGAGUCAAGCUGUUUCACUCUACAUUCGCCAGUGUGUGAUCUGUCGGAAACUGAGGAGACCUGUGGAAGGACAGAGAAUGAGUGAUCUUCCUAGAGAACGGGUAGAGCCCUCGCCACCCUUCAGCUAUUGUGGCAUGGAUUGUUUUGGCCCAUUCACGACUAAACAGGGACGUAAGGAACAAAAAAGAUACGGAGUGGUCUUUACAUGCUUCAGCUCUCGUGCCAUCCACAUUGAGAUGCUAGACGAUAUGUCAACUGAUGCUCUCAUCAACGGUCUGCGUUGCUUUAUUGCACUGCGAGGCUCAGUCAGACAAAUUAAGUGUGACCAGGGAACCAAUUUUGUAGGUGCCAAAAAUGAACUGAAUGUAGCUCUACAGGAAGUCGACACUAAGAGAGUGGCUCAAUGA